AGGCGUGUUUGCUCUCAAGGCAGGUUCUGCUAACGCUUGGUUUCCAUUGCCUGCUCGCUUCAGCGGGAACUCGGUUUUCUGGCUUGUCAGGUGCGUCGGUCUUUCAUGCGAGGCGUCACGGUCUGCUCUCUGAUUUUGACAGCAUCCAGCGCUGUUUCCAACCCACUCGGUUUUAUUCGCGCGUCCGAAGAGGUGGGCGAUUUUCAUUUUUACGAUGAGUACGGUAGGGUGCGAAUUUUCCAUGGGACCAAUCAGGUGAUGAAGGUUCCGCCAUGGUAUAUUUCAGAAAUGUACGACAGUGACGCUCACGCUAUCCACAUGCAACGUCUGGGGUUUACUGUGGUGCGGCUUGGAUUUAUGUGGUCUGGGUACAAUCCAGCACCCGGGGUAUUCAACCAGACAUACAUCGACAUUAUCAAGGUGAUUGUUGGCAGAUUGGCCAAGCGUGGUGUGUACGCUUUACUCAAUGUGCAGAUGGAUGGGCUCAGCAGCAAGUUUGGAACAUACGAUGGCGCGCCAUGGUGGGUAAUCAACAAGAGUUUACCUAAGCACGACUUCCCCUGGCCUCUGCGUAGACCUCAACCAGCUGGUGUGAACAAAAUGGAUCUGAACAUUAUGACUGAAGCGUCAGCCACUGCCUAUCAAGAUUUGUUUGACAACAACCACGGCAUGCUCGACGACUUUGUUGCAUUCUGGUCCCAUGCUGCCGAGCAGUUCAAGGAUGUGUCUGGAGUCAUUGGGUACGACGUCAUCAACGAGCCCUUCGUGGGCAAUUUCUACAAGGAUCCGGCGCUGCUCCUUCCUGGAGUUGCCGGGACAAGGAACCUGCAGGGGAUGUACGACACCGUCGCUGCAGCCAUCCGGAAGCACGAUGACCCCGCGACUGCGGAUUCUUUUCUAUGAGCCGACCACGCACGGUAUGAUUUUCGAUGGCAGCGUUUUUGGCUCGGGUUUCCGCCACGUUCCUGGAGGAGACGUAUACAGGAAUCGUAGUGCGUUCUCUUAUCAUUACUAUUGCCACUCGUUCUUGUCAUCCUACGACGAGCAUCCACUGUUGCAGACCAUUGUGUGUGACGUCACAGUCGCCAGUCUCGUCUGGCGGGCUGUCGAACAUCUCGUGCAACGCAUCGGCGGUGCUGCGAUGAUGACAGAAGGCAUGCAAUGCAAUGGAGUCCAGUCGGAGUGUGAGGUCAACAUGAAGCAGCUUGACGAUCACUUGUUCUCUUGGAUGGAUUGGAAUUUCAAUAUGGAGAAUGGCACUGAGGCCGAAUCUUGGGCUCGUACGUAUGCUCAGGCAGUGGCUGGGAAACCAUUAAAUAUGUCCUUCGACCCUCAGACGAAGUAUUUCACGUUUUGCUUCCAAGUGGACACUACUAUCGAUGCGCCCACCGAGAUAUUCGCCAGCACCGCCUUCAGUUACCCGAAUGGAUUCGCCGUGAAUGCCUCGGAUAACGUGAACGUCACGAUUGAUGGCGAUGUGGUCAAAGUUAUCCCUGUGUCCAACAGCACUGAUAGCUCAGAGGCAUGCGUGCACAUCAGUCGCAAAGCCGAGGGCGCGUUCCCGGCAUCGGUGGCACAGAAGUUCGCAGUGCAAUACGUAUGAAAAGCUUGUACAUGCUCCUGUAACCUGGUCGCGCAAAACCGUGAUGGUUCCUCGCAAGUGCUCACCCUCCUCAGUCUCCUGGUCCUUUCUACAGCGAGUUCCUUCGGGCUGUCGCGUGUUAGCAGCCCACGCACGGGCUUGUAGGUUCAGGUUACCUGCCAACCGCUACGGCCGGCGUUGAGAGACAUUCGCUACGCAUUAUUACGCAAUUCCCUUGAAAUCGUCGCCCUCCUUCUUAAGCAUAAGACUUGCGAAGCGGGAUACCUGUAUGUCAUGUCGAUAAGUUGCGCGAAACGCGCGAUGAGAAUACGUGCAAGACGGCACCAGCGUGUUUGCAUGUUCCGAACCAGAAAAUUCGGAGAAGUGGAUUUUGUCGCGCCCUGCCUUGACCCGCCCGUCUUCUCCUCUUCCUCAUUCAGCUACCGGAAUGGGCCGGCGUGCAACGCACCGCUGACACUGCUCAGCGUCACGGUUCUACCGCCUGCAGCGUAGAGUUGCCCCCGAAUGCGAAGAGCAGGGCAUUCCUCUCCAGAUAGUCCAUGGGGCCAGUGGGCCAAAACAUCCUGCCGAGGUCUCCCUGGGUCCCUCCCCAGACGUGCUCGCGUUGUGCCAAAACAUUCAGCGGGCGGUUUCUUGCCGUCUUCGGCCUGGACGUUCGGUCCCUGCCCAAUAAUGAUGCCCGCCGGUGUCCUCUGCGGUCCCCCGGAGUCCUGCGAGGCACUGCGCUGUGCCUUUGUUGGGCGCGACGGUCGGCCCUUGUCCUGCCCACCACAGCGCGGACUUGCCCCCAGACAGCCCCCUGGAGGUAGCCAUGGCUGUCCGGCUGCGAUUCGUCUUUCUCGGCCUUGCUCGAGGGAAGAAGCACGGGGACCAUGGCCAAGAAGUCGCGGGAUCUUC